ACAUGGUGGAUCCUAGAAAGUGGAAGUUGUUUAUAAAUUUGUUAUAUUUUAACAAAUAGUGAACGUUUAACGUGAUUCGGUUUAAUAUAGUUUGUUUAAUUUACUUUGCAAGGAAAUCCUAUUCUUUAAGAUGUCCUGUGCUGUAUUGUCACCGAUUAAGUAAUUAAAGUCGCAAUGGCAGACCAUUUUUAAUAAAAUACUUUUACUAAAAUCAGUGUUUGUGAUUAUGUUUUAUUAUAUAUAUUCGUCAAAAAUGUGCGGUAUUUCGAAAACUUUAUUGGUACUUAGUUGCCUGAUUUUCUUUUGCCAAAAUUUAAGUGGAGUUUGGGCACUCAAAUGCAAGUGUGACAUAUGCAAAGACACGAAUUUUACGUGCGAAACUGAUGGCUAUUGCUUCACCUCUACAUACAUUAAAGCAGGAGUCGUCCUAUAUAGCUACAGAUGUUUGGACACUCGCAAUCUUCCCGAGGUAAUCGUGAAUACAAACAGAAGUACACAAUAUUGCAAUGAUAGCGUUAAUGGCGUUAACAAUAAUCCCGAAUACUCUGCCAUGUCUUCGGACUGUUGUAAUAAUAGGGAUUUUUGUAACGAUAAGGUGUUAUCGUUUAUACCAGUAACAGACACAGCGACCAAGUCAUUCACAUCUUUGGAAAUUGCUGCCUCGAUAGUCAUCCCUACUCUGAUAUUAUGCAUCAUCAUCGGUGCCGCGUACUUUUUCCAUACUUCUCAUCAACGACGAGGUAUGCAUCACCAUCUAAGGCACGUUGAUGACAGCAUCGAAGCUCCGGACCAUCCCAUCCUCAACAAAGGCGUUAGUUUGAAGCAUAUGAUCGAAAUGACAACCAGUGGAAGUGGAUCUGGUCUGCCGUUAUUGGUUCAACGCAGUAUUGCUCGUCAGAUACAACUUGUGGAAAUUAUCGGUCAAGGAAGGUUCGGUGAAGUCUGGAAAGGGAGAUGGAGAGGGGAGAACGUUGCAGUGAAGAUUUUUAGCUCAAGAGAAGAGAGGUCUUGGUUUAGAGAAGCCGAAAUUUACCAGACUGUCAUGUUGCGACAUGAUAAUAUUUUAGGUUUUAUCGCUGCUGAUAAUAAGGACAAUGGUACCUGGACACAACUAUGGUUAAUAACAGACUACCAUGAACAUGGCUCCUUAUUCGAUUUCCUGGGAAGAAACACAUUAGACAGCAGUGGUAUGAUUCAUAUGGCGCUAUCCAUCGCCACUGGCCUCGCUCAUUUACACAUGGACAUCAUGGGAACCCAAGGAAAACCGGCUAUUGCUCACAGAGAUCUUAAAUCUAAGAACAUUCUCGUAAAAUCCAACGGUACUUGCGCUAUUGGUGAUCUAGGAUUGGCAGUGCGACAUGAUGUGACCACAGAUACUGUUGACAUCCCUCUUAAUAAUCGUGUUGGCACCAAAAGAUAUAUGGCACCUGAGGUUUUAGAUGAAUCCAUGAAUAUUGAUCAGUUUGAUUCUUUCAAGAGAGCAGACGUUUAUGCUUUGGGAUUAAUAUUUUGGGAAAUUGCCAGGCGAUGUAAUGUGGGAGGUAUAUAUGAUGAAUAUCAGCUGCCUUUCCAUGACGCUGUACCUCCUGACCCUACCAUUGAAGAAAUGAAAAGGGUUGUAUGCGGGGAUAAACAAAGACCCAACAUCCCUAACCGUUGGCAGAGCUGUGAGGCAUUGUAUGUAAUGACAAAGUUAAUGAAAGAAUGCUGGUAUCAUAAUGCAACUGCAAGACUUACUGCACUCAGGAUUAAAAAGACACUGUCUAAUUUCAGAACUUCUGAAGAAUUAAAAAUAUAGUAGAUGGGUUCUUACAUCGGAGAGAAUGUGAUUGACGCAGUUGUUUUUUAACUGCUUAAUAGACUGUUCUUUUAUACUGAAGUAAUUUAAGUAUUUGUGUGUGC